AUGUUCGGAAAACGUUCGUUUGCUAGUUCAAAGGACCGUUCGGGCAAGAUACAGAAACAGCCGAAGAGAUCGUUUCGCGAUGCUUCUGAACUGAAGCAGAAGCAGAAGAAGAUGGUCGAGAAGCUGGAUGCGCGCAAGGAUAGCCCCAUGAUGGAGGCGACUUCACCGAGUCUCACCUCUGCCAUCGUGACAGUCGUCGUGGGUCCUGACCAGCGACUGUUUGCCGCGCACGAAGAUGUCCUGUCACAUGCCCCGUUUUUCGCGCAAGCGUUGCGAGGCCAGUUCUUCGAGUCCGCUAAUCGACGCAUCGACCUGCCUACGGAAGAACCAGAGGUCUUCUCCUGCAUCCUCGAGUAUCUAUACAAGGGCGAUUACUACCCCCGCCUGGUUCAUGACAGGCGUCGUCAGACCUGGAUGCUCGAGGGCGCAAUGCCCUCGCCCGACCCAAACAAAACUAGCGACCGCGCCGCCGCUGUCGAGCCAACCUUCUUUCACACCGGUGUGGGUGACGUUAUCCUCCGCGACACAGCCGUGUACUGCGCUGCUGAUCGCUACGGCCUUGAGGAGCUCAAGAAGCUCUCCCUGCGCAAGCAGGGCCUGCAGAGCGGGAUCGAGGUUGGAGUGAUCUUGCGCAGUGCUCGGUAUGCCUACGAGAACACACCGGACAAUGACUCGCGGCUGCGCGCUCAUUACCUCGCUUUGAUCAUUCGCAGCCGGAAAACAUUCAAGCGUAGUGGAACCAUGCAGAUGGAGAUGGAGAUGGGGGGAAAACUGUUCUUUGACCUGUUCGUGGCGAUGUGCAACCAUGUCGAUGAUCUCGUGGACGCGAGCCCCUCCGCUCGCGGCACUCCCAGGACCAUCUAA